AUGAGUGACCGCUGCCUCCGGCCAAACUUUUUCAGUAUUCGGCAAGUGAAUCACAAGAAUGAGUUCCAACAUCGGUCUAACAGAUUGAUUAAAGAUCCCGAAGAUGACUACGAAAUUAUCCGAGUUACCGAUAUGGGCUGCGCCGACACCGUGCUUGCCAUCGAAUAUGCCCAAGAGGCAUUCAAGACAUACAGCCGAAUGCCCCCACCGGGAGCGCCGAUGGCAAGCCAUUCACAGAGUUCGCCGGGAAGUGUGCAAUACGCUAUUAAUUUCAUCGAUUGGUACGAAACCGCAAUCGAGAAAGCUCUGGGGGCAACGAUACCCUGCUGCGCGAGGCAACAACCGUAUCUUGAUUAUCCGACAGCCUCAGGGGAUCGUGGCGGCCAUAACUCUUUAGGACUCUCCACUAGCGAUGGUAACGAGAAAGGUGGUAAUGCUUCGUUCUUGGUCUUCGCCGACGCUAACCUGGAACAAGCUGCGAAAGUGCUGUAUCAAACACUGACGGGCUUAAUUUCCUCCCCCCCGACGAUUAUCACCCAGUGCGAACAAGGAAUGCGAUUCAUGGAUGAAGAGGCGUUCGGAUCAAUUGCAUUCCUGGUCCCCUUCGAAACCGAGGAACAAGCUAUCCAAAUGGCUCACGAAUCAGACGUUGGGCUGGCGGCAUAUUUCUACACAGAGGUCAUUUCCCGCAUGUUUCGAGUGAGCGAGGCACUGAAGGUGGGCAUGGUGGGUGCUCGCACUGAGCUCGUAAGCACGGCAGAGCAACUGUUCGGAGGGGUCCACGAGAGCGGACUGGGCCGGGAAGGUGGAAUCGCAGCUCUUGAGGAAUGUUUGGAUAUCAAGAGUGUCACAAUCGGUAUCUGA